UCGAAUUUCCCUCGUAGUUUUCUCUGGUUUCGAUUUUCAAGUUCUCUAGCAGAAGUCUCCAUCUAUGGCGUCAGAUCCAGCUGAAGCCAUAAAACCUUACAAGCUUUAUCAAACCCUAACAGGUCACAAGCGCGCCAUCUCCAGCGUCAAAUUCUCCAACGACGGCAAGCUACUUGGUAGCUCAUCGGCAGAUAAGACCAUCCGUCUCUGGUCGCCGACCGAUGGUUCUUUCCUCAAGGAGAUCGAAGGCCACGAACAUGGCAUCUCCGACUUUGCCUUCUCUUCCGACUCCCAUUAUAUAUGCUCUGGCUCAGAUGACAAGACUGUACGAAUGUGGGACGUCCAGACCGGUUCGCUCGUCAAGACGCUUCAUGGUCACACCAAUUAUGUCUUCUGUGUUAACUAUAAUCCCCAGUCGAAUAUGAUCGUCUCCGGUUCCUUCGAUGAGACCGUUAGGGUUUGGGAUGUCAAGACCGGAAAAUGCUUGAAGGUGCUCCCAGCCCACUCGGAUCCUGUGACAGCCGUGAACUUUAACCGAGAUGGGUCGUUAAUCGUUUCGAGCAGCUACGAUGGUUUGUGUAGGAUAUGGGAUGCGUCGACGGGCCACUGCAUGAAGACUCUCAUUGACGAUGAAAAUCCGCCGGUUUCUUUUGUCAAGUUUUCGCCUAAUGGAAAGUUUAUUCUCGCUGGCACAUUGGACAAUACAUUGAGAUUAUGGAACUUUUCGACCGGGAAGUUUCUGAAAGCAUACACUGGGCAUGUUAAUUCAAAAUACUGCAUAUCAUCCACAUUUUCUGUAACCAAUGGGAAGUAUAUUGUCAGCGGUUCGGAGGAUAACCGGGUCUACUUGUGGGAACUUCAGACAAGAAAAAUUGUCCAGACACUGGAAGGCCACACAGACACUGUUAUAUCUGUUACAUGUCACCCUUCCGAGAACAUGAUAGCUUCUGGUGCACUUGAGAAGGACAAGACAGUGAAGAUCUGGACUCAGGAUAAGGACUGAUUCGUUUUUCUGGUAAUGAUGUUGUUUUAAUGUAUCCAUCUUAUUACUACCUUUAUUUAGUACAUGUCCCUUUAAAUCAUUUAGACAUGGAAAUUUUCGCAGGACCAAUAUAGACAUUUGUGCAUAAAGAUGAUGAUAUUGAUAUAAAAAAAUUAUAUUUAUCCU